AAAAUAUUUGACAGAAGAUUUUUCUCGUAUUGUCAAACACCAGGUCAACAAAAAGUUAAAUCUUUUUUUUUAAUUUCGCCUAGAGUUUCGGUGUAUGUUUCUCACUCAACUAUUCUUGUCAAUAUAAUUCGAAGCACACCAUUCCGUGACAAGAAAUUGGAUGUUCUAACGUACAUUUGUUAGUAUGACCACGUAUUUGAGGGACAGUGAAGGUAAAUUUAUACCUGCAUCUCAGCGGCCUGAUGGAACUUGGCGCAAAGCCAGACGUGUUAAAGAUGGUUAUGUGCCUCAGGAGGAAGUCCCCUUAUACGAAAGCAAAGGCAAAAAGUUUACGAAAAAGCCGGAUAUACCUGUCGGUAUGUGCCCAAUAAUUGCCGAACAAGAACGGGUCAAGAGGGAAAAAAUGCUGAGACAACAGGAGAGACAGCAACAGCGACAAAACACUCCCGGCAUCAUUUCGUUGAAUCAAAACAAAUCUUCCAAGGAAAAGGAGAAGAAAAAUACAAAGUCUGAACCGAAACAAGGUACUAGUGCAUCGACAAGCAAUGAGAAAAAUAUGCAAAGACUGUGCGAUGGUUUGGCGAGUGUGGAGCUCAGUUCGCCGGAAGACAUACAAAAGCAAAUAAAAAAAUUAAAGAAAAAAAUUCGUGAAAUCGAAGCAAUUGAAGAGAAAUUGAAAAAUGGUGAACUGAAAACGCCCGAACAGGAUCAGCUGGAGAAAGUGUCGCGGAAAUCCGAAAUUCUGUCGAACAUUGAGUCUUUGGAAGACAAAGUCAAAUCGAUGGGUUCGAUUUGACGAAACGUUUUGUCUCCUCGAACUGAGUGCCAUCAAUAAAAGAAAUUGUGAAUCAAAAGAGAGGAUUUAACGAAAAAGAGAAGAAGUUUUCCUUUUAGUCUAAGAGUAGAAAGUGAAUCCUGAUUUCAAUCGUACAAGUUUUGAAACUAUUUAUAGGAAAUUCUUAUUCUAUCUCCAUCAUUUUUAAACGAAAUGAAAGAUCUUUGCAACGAUUUUUCAUUUGAUUUUAUUAUUUUUUUUAACUCGUUUUUUUGUUGUUUUGAAAUGUAAACAAUCUCAUGUAAAAUUUUAAAACAAAAUACACAAAAAAAGAAAGAAU